CUCUUACCGGAAACACUUGCACGGUUUUCACUUCCUGGAUGUCCACUGCUAGCAGUGCUGCACAAUGAAAAUACUCAGGUUUUUUAGUUUAUUCGCCUCAUACUUACUAGUAGACAGCCUUAACAUCGAGAAUAGUGCAGGGCAGUUCUUCAGCAGCGGUCACACGAACAACUGGGCUGUUCUGGUGUGCACAUCCAGAUUCUGGUUCAACUACCGACAUGUGGCAAAUACUCUGUCUGUGUACAGGAGUGUCAAGAGGCUGGGCAUCCCUGACAGUCACAUAGUCCUUAUGCUGGCUGACGACAUGGCCUGUAAUCCCCGAAACCCCAAACCUGCCACAGUGUUCAGCCACAAGAACAUGGAGCUGAACGUGUACGGUGACGACGUGGAGGUGGACUACCGAGGAUACGAGGUGACUGUGGAGAACUUCCUGCGGGUUUUGACUGGACGGUUGCCUCUGAGCACUCCACGCUCCAAACGCCUCCUCUCUGACGAUCGAAGCAACAUCCUCAUAUACCUGACAGGCCACGGAGGAAAUGGCUUUCUGAAGUUCCAGGACUCGGAGGAGAUCAGUAACGUGGAGCUGGCUGAUGCCUUCGAGCAGAUGUGGCAGAAAAGGAGGUACAACGAGCUGCUCUUCAUCAUCGACACCUGCCAGGGCGCCUCCAUGUACGAGAGGUUUUACUCUCCCAACCUCAUGGCCUUGGCCAGCAGUCAAGUUGGAGAAGACUCCCUGUCUCACCAGCCAGAUUUGGCUAUCGGAGUCCACCUGAUGGACCGGUACACCUUCUACCUGCUGGAGUUCCUGGAAGACAUCCACCCUGCGAGCAAAACCAACAUGAAUGAUCUGUUCAAAGUGUGUCCCAAGAGUCAGUGCGUGUCCACUCCGGGCCACCGUACCGACCUGUUCCUGAGGGACCCGGGAAGCGUCCUCAUCACGGAUUUCUUCGGUAGCGUCCGCAAAGUGGAGAUCACCACGGAGACCAUCAACCUGACCGAGCCCAUCAAGGCGGUGGAGGAGACACUCGUGAAUGAAGAGGUGCAGAAGGAGACGUACUCGUACGUGGACCAGCUGCCGGUGUCUGAGAUCAUUCAUCAGAAACCAAAGCAGAAAGACUGGCAUCCUCCUGAUGGCUUCAUCCUGGGCCUGUGGACUUUAAUCCUCCUGGUGUUUUUCAAAGUGUACGGCGUGAAGCAUCUCAAACACAUCUUCUGAGGCCUCGGCGUUUACACCGCUGGAUAUCUGAGGACGUAAAGCUGCAAAAACCGGGAUUUUUUUUUAUUGAGGGGAUAUUAGAGAGAAGGUGCAGUUUGUGACAGGCUUAAUAUUCCUGGAAAUGGAAAGAAGAAGAUAUUUGCCACCACGUCUGGUGCUUGACUAGAAACUGCAAAGAGAAUUUUUGUUUUUUUUUAACUCUGGGACGAUUGCUUUCUACUGAUAUUUGUGUUCUGUUUCAAAUGCUGUGAGGUUUUUUUUGACCGUGGAAGUCGUGCAUCACUCAGUUUCACGAGGAUUUAAACCUUCGAAUGUUCUGUUUUGUCAACUGACGCCACAACUCCGUCGAUUUGCUUAAAAAUGCACCGAGGCGAGUCUGCAGAUAAGAAUUUAAUUUAUUUUUGAGAGCUCUGCACAUUACAGCAGCAGCCCACCCUCCCCUUUUUUUUUUUUAAGUGCUACUCAGAACGUGUGCUCGGUCAGAAAAGGAAAAAAAUGUGGGACUAUGCGGCGGGCUGAUUGUCUGUGAGUGGGCCGCGGAGAGAUUACUCUUUAAUGUCUCCCCUGUCCAUAUACAUUACACCCCUUGAACGUCAUAUCACACUUGUGAAGGAUAACAAUCGCACCUAAUCCCAUCUCGCAUGAUGGACUCAUCCACUUUCCCAUUCACUAAAUUGCCCUCCCCGUAGAAACAUCCAUUAGCUCUCCAGCCAUGUACUCCGCUGAUUGUAUUCUGGGUGAUGGACAGCUAUUUUCAUGGCCAUUCGGCGUCUUGUGAUACAGCGCCGAUAAGUGAGUGAUAACCUAGUAAGCCGCCGGCUGUCCCAAAUGAAUCUCCUCUAUGCUGGCACGUGUUCUCCCUUUUUUUUUUUUUUUUUCCUCUCUCCCCCAGUGUCUCCUUGUAUUACACCUCUGCUUUAGGCUCAUUGUUGGGAGGAAGGACUGAUGCUCAAAGUGUAUGGAUUGAACCAGCGGUAGUUUAUCUUUGGCAUGAGGACCCACCCACGCCCGCUGCCACCCCCCACACCCCCCACCGCUGCGGCUGAAUUGGAAAAUGGAUGGAUUUGGAAAUGAAACCUGCAUGUAUUGGAAUACAGCUGCUGUGUCAGCCACUGUGUACCUUUUCUUAUACAUUAUUUAUGCUUCCUUCCCAUAAACCCUUUCCCCCUUCUCUUUCCGAUAAGAGCAACAUUUUAAUUUCCUCGGUUCGGAGGCUUUUUUUUUUUUGAUGCCCUGAUUAACGUUGUAACACUGGAAUCAGAGAAAUAAAUUUACAUCUUUAACUGC